CUAUAUAUAGAUUAAUAUACCCUACAUAUUAUAAGGAUGAGGAUUUGUCUUUUGGAAAUGGAUCAUUUGGAAUUUUUUACAUUAAUAAUUCUUCUGAGGAUUUUAUACACCUCUGCCGUGAUACAUGUUACUCCAAUAGAACCACGAUGCCAAAAUUUUAAUAAAAUGGGGGAAUACCGAUGUUGUAUUGGGUUCAGAACUAUUGGAGGAAAAUGUUAUCCUUGCGUUGGAUCGUUCGGGCUAGAAUGCAGCAUGCCCUGUCCAGUGGGCUAUUUCGGAAUCCAGUGCACCGCAAAAUGUUCAUGUGACAAAUGUAACGCAACAAGUGGGGAAUGCUAUGGCGAAACAACGGCAAAAGAAACUCUGGACAAAGCUGAGGAUUCCAGUUCCACUCUCGAAAGUUUACCCCUUAUUUUGGGUGGUGUGAUAGGAGGGUUGGUGUUGAUAAUUUCCUGUUUCCUGUUGUGGAGGAGAGUAGUAUAA